AUGGCCUCUAUGGCCUCCAUGGCCGUGUCGCUGGUCGCGCGUGGCAUUUAUCACGAGACCUCGCCAGCCAUGCAGACCAGAGCCCAGAUCAAUCCGACGCUUAUGAUGAGCUGGUGGGCUACCAUAUUCUCGUUGCUUAUUAUCAUCGUGCGCCUAUGUGGCCGUUACAUUCGCGUUGAGCGAUUUUUCGCCGAGGACAAGGUCAUGAUGAUCAGCGUCAUUCCCCUGGUGAUUCGCAUGGUCCUCGUGCAUUUCGUUCUCAUCUUGGGGACCAACAAUACCACCACCACAGGCUUGACAGAGAAGGAGAUAUCGAACAGAGAGCUGGGCAGCAAGCUGGUUCUUGCUGCGCGUAUCUUCUACGCCAUCUUCAUCUGGACGGCCAAAGUGACCGUGUGCGAAUUCCUAAAGCGAGUCACAGGACUUGCCUGGCGCCGAUCGACAACUUUCUUCCUCCGCUUCAUCUCCUACUUCCUCUUCUCAACCCUCGUAGCCGUGGUCAUCGCAACCCUGGCCGAAUGCCAGCCCUUCCACCACUACUGGCAGGUCAUCCCAGACCCAGGCCCAACAUGUCGCACCGGCUACGUCAAUCUAAUAACAAUGGGCACCUGCGAUGUGAUAACCGACCUGCUACUCGUGGCCAUCCCAAUCCCCAUAAUCCUCAUGGCGCAAAUGCCUCUAAAGCGCAGACUCACCCUAUCAACCCUCUUCUGCCUAUCCCUGAUCUUGGUCGCCAUAACCUCCUACCGCGUCCCCUCCGUGAUCGAACACAAAGGCUCCCAACCAUACCGCUCCCUCCUCGCCUCCUUCGAAAUCCUCGCCGCAACAGCAGUCUCCAACGUCCUCGUCAUAGGCUCCUUCGUCCGAGACCGCGGCCUCAAGAAACUAAAAUACAAACGCGCACAAGGCUCAGCCUCCGUCUCAGAAAGCAUGGACAAGUCCUUCCUCCGCAGAAACACAGUCAUGCAGAACCAAUGGGGCUCAGACUCAGAACUAGCAACUGGCCUAUGCAUCCGUCUAGACCCAGAAAUGUACACUAUCCCAGACACCUCAGACGCAACACGUCUACCUAGACCAGCACCAACCGCCCCACCAGCUCACAUCCCAUUAGCAGUCGCUCGCACCGGCACCCUCGAUCCGACUUGGUCGUUUGCAACGACCCGUCACUCAGACGACGACCGCAUCUCGGCGACAGAAAGCCUCGAGCGCAAAGUCUCGCCGCACGAGUAUCUGCGCACAAGCCAGUCCCCACGCGAGAUAUCCCCCUCACCACAGACGCGCCGCGUCUCGUUCUCAGAUGUCGGCGGUUUGUUGACAAGAGCACUCCCGGAGUCUGGGUCGGAUCAUGUGCGCGCCCAGACUUGCCUGGCCUCGCCGGUAGAGGAUGUGCCGCGCCGUCCAGGUGGGGGUAGUAGGGCUUUUUUGGAGGAUUUGGGGAUUUUUGGGCCACGCGCUGCUGCGGAUAGGCCUCGGCCGCCGCAUUCUGGUCCUGCGGAACUACCGUUUCCGCCGGCGGCUUUUGGUAACCGUUUGCUUUCGACAUCUGGUUCUUCGGAUGUGACGCUCGAUACUGAUGUCGAGCUCCAUGAUGUUGGUGGGUUGUUAGCACGACAUGAGCAUUAA